CUGGCCACGCCAGGAGGGCUCAGUCCUGUCCCUGGUCUGUCACCCUUCAUGUGGCAGGGUGAAAAAUGGGCUCCUGUGCUCCUGGAUGCAGCCUUGGCUCUUCCUGCUGCCCUUAGUCUCUGUCACUAAAGGGGGUGGUGUCGGCCUUGGGGUCCCAAGCAAGGGGUGACCACCUUGGCCAUGCCUGGGACUCACCAUCCCUGCUGGAGGUGUUCGGGGAUCAGAGCUUGUCCCUACGGGAUUUGUGGGCAUCACCUUGCUGGCAGCUCUUGCCUCAUCCCUGGCCCAUCCUGCCUGACCUCAUCAGUUCCCACACCAGGGUAACCUGCACGACCCUCUGGGAUCAGGAAAAGCCAUAACAGCUGAGUUUUCAUCAUCAUCAUCAUCAUCAUCAUCAUCAUCAUUGCAAGAGGAGAGGUGAAGACCACUGAUCACAGUCACAGGAUUUGAUGUGGAAUUGCUGGCAUGGGAGCAAUGAGCUGUCCCACCCUUUCUCUGCAGGGUACCUCUCCCAAUUCCAGGGAAUGGGUUGUAAAGGCUUUCCAGCCAGAAAAAAGCAGCAGUGGCCGGUAUGCGGCAGCUCAACCAUGGAAUGCUGACAGCCUGGGGACGGAUGUGACGGAGCCGGGAAGCCGCAACCCCCCAUUCCCCACAUCCACCAUGUCCCACAUCCCACGGGGGGCGGCCAGGAGGGCUCCACCACCUCAUCCCCACCCCGGUCCCUUCCCCUCCCCGCGAUUUGGGGCUAUACAGCAGCACUCACUGAAAGCCCUGCUGGCCGGAACCGUGGAUCCCGAGGGAGCUGUGGAUCCUGAGGGACUGGGUGAGGAGGCCGAGGGUGGCAACACCGAGGGGUCACACUCGGCCAGACGCGCGCCCUUAUGGGCCGGAGAGGCCCCGGGCCCGGACCCGUCUGUGGUCACCAGCACCGGCCUUGCCCGGCCGGCCCAGGCCCUCGGCCUGGCCUUGGGAGGGCUGUUUCUCUCCAGAUCCUGUGUGUCCCCACAGCAGUGCCAGUGGCAUCCUCCAAAAAUUCCUGAGAGUGAGACAGAGCCUUCACCACUUUUGGGGGCAAAGGUGUGCCCAUAAAGCCCAUGAGACACCUUGUCCCCAGCUGUGGCGUCUCCAAGGUGUUUUUGGGGGAAAACCCAGGACUGACAGGUAACUGCUGAUGUCAGGAUCACAUCCAGCAGGAUCAGCAAC